AUGGUGCCUGGAGCUCAGGCCAAGGCCAGGGACUCGCGGCCCCUCGGAGAGAGGAAGCUGGCCCUCACUAGCACUACGCGGCCCCUCGGGGCCUGGCCACCAGCACCACCACCUCCAACCUCUGGGACCCCCGGGGAGCCUGACCCGCAGGGCAGCGGAGGUCCUCGCCCCGCCCCGUCCGCCGCGGGGACCGGCAGGAAAGGAGCCGCUGACCUCACCACCCUGGGCUCGGGGAGGGGACGCAGGCGGCGGGCCCGGAACCCAGGCGCGUGCGGAAACAGCGCGGAGGGCGUGGGGCUGCGGCCCCGACUUGCGCUGCGGGCGGCGCGCCCCCCGGCCCCCAACUCCGGGCCCCGCGCGGGCAGAACGCACGGCCCGGCACCCCCGGCCUGUGCUCGAGCCCGGCGGCGGACCGGCGACCGAGCGGGCGGGGCGCUCACCUGGACACGCGCCGCUGCCGGCGUUUCCAGAACCUCCCGCGGCGGCGCCCGGCCCGCUCGGCGCCUCCUCCUCUGGCGACCCCGCCUCCCGCCGCGGCCCGACUCCGCCCGCUUGAGCCGCCGCCACGUCCCCACCUCCCGCCCCCUGGCCGGCCAGGCCCUUGGCUCCGCGAGCGGAGGGCCUCGGCCGGCGGUCGCCGCUGCCAGCGACCCUCGGGAAGUGGAGGCUGCGCGACCGCGCGGGAGCCGGGAGCGCGUUUGGGACCAGCCGGGAGCCCGCGGUCGGCACCCUUCAUGCCGCGCGCCGCUCGCCGCACGUACACCGCGCCCGCUUCGCCCCGCCCGGCCCCCACCUGUGGGGCGCGGCCCGCCCUCUUCCCAGGGGGGGCCCAGGGGCGGCCCACGACCCAUCCUGGCCUCGGUGCCGGGCGGGCAGCGCGCCUAG